UCCAGAAGUGCCGGGGCAAACAAUGCAUGCAUGUUGCACGUUAACGUUAUUACUUCUUAGCAAAACUGAGUAAACUGUGAACACAUUCACUCGAGGGACACAGACAGGACCGUAUUUACGUCAAUUCCACACAGCAGAGGAAUGGAUGCAGAGGGUUUCGGGGAGCUUCUGCUGCAGGCAGAGCAGCUAGCUGCUGAGACAGAAGCAGUAUCGGAGCUACCGCAUGUUGAGAGGAACCUCCAGGAGAUCCAGCAGGCAGGAGAGCGGCUUCGAUCCCGCACCCUGACCCGCACCUCGCAAGAUGCUGCCGAUGUGAAAGCGUCAAUCCUCCUCGGUUCCAGAGGUUUAGACAUCUUCCACAUCUCUCAAAGGUUGGAAAGUCUUAGUGCAGCCACCACCUUUGAGCCCCUGGAACCGGUAAAAGACACUGACAUACAGGGCUUCCUGAAGAACGAGCGGGACAACGCCUUGCUGUCGGCCAUCGAGGAGUCUCGACGCAGGACGUUCCUGUUGGCUGAGGAGUACCACCGGGAGUCCAUGCUGGUGCAGUGGGAGCAGGUGAAGCAGAGAGUGCUGCACACGCUACUGGGAGCAGGAGAGGACGCGCUGGACUUCAGUCAAGAUGUGGAGCCGAGCUUUGUGAGUCAAGUACCAGCUGCAGGAAGAAGCGCUCUGGACAGCGUGGAGGUCGCCUACGGACGGCAGAUUUACGUUUUCAAUGAGAAGAUUGUGAAUGGUCACAUUCAGCCGAAUCUGGGAGACUUGUGUGCUUCAGUCGCAGAGAGCCUGGACGACAAGAAUGUAUCAGACAUGUGGCUGAUGGUGAAGCAGAUGACGGAUGUGUUGCUCGUUCUGGCCAAAGACACUCUGAAAAGUCGCACCUCUGUUGAAAUGCAGAUGGCUUUUGUACACCAGGCGCUCGGCUUCCUAGAGAACAGUUAUAAAAACUACACCUUGGUGACGGUGUUUGGGAACCUCCAUCAGGCCCAACUAGGGGGAGUGCCAGGAACAUACCAACUAGUCCGCAGCUUCCUCAACAUCAAACUACCGGGGCCUCUGCCUGGCAUGCAGGAUGGUGAGAUAGAGUGCCACCCAGUGUGGGCGGUGAUCUACUACUGUCUGCGCUGUGGGGACCUGAACGCAGCCAUGCAGGUCGUGAACCGAGUGCAGCAUCAGUUGGGAGACUUUAAGACCUGGUUUCAGGAGUACAUGAACAGCCCAACCAGACGCCUUUCUCCAACUUUAGAGAACAAGCUCCGCCUCCACUACCGCAGGGUGCUGAGGAACAGCGCCGACCCUUACAAGAGAGCCGUCUACUGCCUGAUCGGGAAGUGUGACAUCAGCGAUAACCACGGAGAGGUGGCAGACAAGACUGAAGACUACCUCUGGCUUAAGUUGAACCAGGUGUGUUUUGAUGACGACGGCAGCAGCUCUCCUCAGGACCGACUGACCCUGCCGCAGCUGCAGAAACAGCUGCUGGAGGACUACGGAGAGUCCCACUUCUCAGCGAGCCAGCAGCCCUUCCUGUAUUUCCAGGUGCUGUUCCUGACGGCUCAGUUCGAGGCGGCGGUGGCGUUCUUGUUUCGCGUGGAGCGACUCCGGAGCCACGCGGUGCACGUGGCGUUGGUCCUGUACGAGCUGCAGCUGUUGCUGAAGUCGUCGGGACAAAGCGCCCAGCUGUUGAGCCAGGAGCCUGGCGACCCCCCCAUGGUACGCCGCCUCAACUUCAUCUGCCUGCUCAUGCUCUACACUCGCAAGUUUGAGUCCACCGAUCCACGGGAAGCCCUGCAGUACUUCUACUUCCUACGCAACGAGAAAGACAGCCAGGGAGAAAACAUGUUCAUGCGUUGUGUCAGUGAACUCGUGAUUGAGAGUCGUGAGUUUGACAUGCUGUUGGGGAGACUAGAGAAGGACGGCAGUAGGAAGCCCGGAGUCAUAGAUAAGUUCGCCGGGGACACCAGAGCCAUCAUCAAUAAAGUGGCUCUGGAGGCCGAGAACAAGGGCUUGUUUGAGGAGGCGGUCAAACUCUUCGAGCUGGCCAAGAACCCAGAUAAGGUGUUGGAGCUGAUGAACAGGCUGCUGAGUCCAGUCGUUGCUCAGGUCAGCGCCCCUCAGUCCAACAAGGAGAGGCUAAAGAACACCGCAGUGGCCAUCGCCGAGAGGUAUCGUUCUCAGGGCAUCGCAGGAGACAAGUCCAUCAAUAGUACUUUCUACCUGCUGCUGGACCUGACCACCUUCUUUGACGAGUACCACGCAGGUCACUUGGACAGAGCCUACGACGUGAUGGAGCGUCUGAAGCUCCUUCCUCUCAGUCAGGACAGCGUGGAGGAGAGAGUGGCUGCUUUUAGGAACUUCAGUGACGAGGUGCGCCACAACCUGUCCGAAGUGCUGUUGGUCACCAUGAACAUCCUGCUCACUCAACACAAGCGCCUGAAGGCGGCGCCAGCGGGCACGCCGGGACGACCCCUAAGGACCGCAGAGGACAGGGACAUGCAACUCCGCAGUCAGGCCAGAGCCUUGAUCACCUUUGCUGCAAUUUCAUCUUUAACCGGGAUUUUCCAAAGUAUAAAGCCUCAUCACGGCACGUCUCGGAUGAUGUUUCCCACCUAACACUUCAGCAACCCCAGGGAAACGCCAUAGCAACCAUCCAGAACGCCAUAGUAACAACCUGAAGACGGCACAAAAGCAUUAGGCGCCGGCCUGCCGGUACGUUUAGCAGAAAAAACUAACUCGUGUUGAUGCCUUUAAGCCACCAAACCACAUGCAAAAAACCCCGGAUCCCAUCACCCGUCAUCCCCUCUGUUGAAUGGGUGGCCAACACUCUCUGGCCUGAGAGAACGCAGAUGGCGGCUCAUUCUGUCUUGGCUCCUCUUCAUAUCCAAGCUGAUAUGUAUGAGAGAAAGCUGAGCCAAGUACUACGGGGCCCAUGCUGUCCUUCUCCUGCCCGGGGCGGUGAGCGGGGACUCACCGGUGAUCCUCCUGCACACCGCCGGACGAUCUGGAAAUCACCUGACAUCAGAGUAGCCGUCCAACCCGUCACGUUUGAGAGCGCAAAGGCUGCUGCAUAGAGUCCUGACUUUAGCUGUUCUCUUCUUAGGGUUUUAGUUAGGGCUGCAACAACGAAUCGAUAAAAUCGAUUAAAAUCGAUUAUUAAAAGCGUUGGCAACGAAUUUCAUUAUCGA